AUGGCGUCCAACACAAAGUCAGCAGGGAAAUAUCGGAAUAGCGGGCAAUGCCGCGUCUGCGGAAGAAGUCGAAGAAGUCCAUCCAACUUUGGCAGAAGAGAAGAUGGAGAGAAGGUUGAUGAAGAGGGGGCGGCAGUCGUUGCCGCAGCACAACUUGAGGAGUUGAUUGCCCAAUGGACGAAGAGGGCGAGCACUUCUCAGCGGGGGAUGCCGCGGAAGAUGGUAUGGUUGACAGUCCGACUCCUCCGCCUUCUCCGCCGUCUGCCAGCAGCAGCAGCAGCAGCAGCAGCCUCGAGCGGGCAACCUCCGCCCUUCCGCGGCGCGGGUUGGUCAUCAAGUCUGCAAAGCUUUCUAAACGAGCCCACAAGUCCCAGUGGCCUCGGUGAAGGAGGGAAGCGUGAGCGGAAGCCAUCCACCCAACUCACACCAGGUGAAGCAGAACCCAAGCAGUCCCGACAAGCAGGGAUCAUGCGACACCUGACCAACCGAGAAAUCUGGGGGAAGAUCCAAGAAUGGAGAAAUGCAGAGGAGGAAAGCAAUCCCACUGCGAUCCAACGGAUUUCCAAUGUGACGGACUUUGUGGAUGAACCUCUUGACCCACAAGAGGUAGAAGAAACGCGCAAAGAACAGCUCGCCAAGCUGUGGGCAAGAGGCGCUUUCACGCCAGUCCACAGAACGGAAAUCCCGGCUGGUUCCCAAAUGUUUUGCCACAAAUGGGUCGACAAGUGUUCCAAAGGGGCACACAAGUCGAGAUUCACAUGUGCAGAUGUGAAAGCCCGAUAUAGUGCGGAAGAGGAGGAAGGCCUGGAUGUGUUUGUGCCGACUCCGAUACCCGAGUCGCACAAUCUCUUGGAAGUGUAUGCGCUGCAGAAUUGUUUUUAUACAAGGAAUCUUGAUAUCGUUGCCGCCUUUUUGAUCGGAAAAGAUCGAGGUGCAACGGAGGGCAAGCCCGUCUAUGUUCGUGCACCUGUUGAGUGGCACGGCCUCUUCCUGGAGUUCAACGCCAUAAAGAGAUUGGUGCUCCUGAGCCAGAUCAACGCUGUGCAGGAAAUCAACACUUGGCAGCUGUUGAUCCCCUAUAGCCUGGCAUCGAUGGCUGCCAACUAUUCCCUGGACUUCGAAGACUGUUUGGGACUGGCACCUUGCGAUGAUGGUGAUGUUAGCUGUGCAGAAGGAGCUGUAGUGAUCUAUGAGGAGGAUUGGAACCUCAUCCCACCUUUGGCAGCUGCAAUCAAGAAAGGAGACAAAGGAAAGAACAAAGGAAAGCAACAAAAGGGAAAAGGAUGUGGUGGUGGAAACAAUAGCAGCACCUGCAAACUUUGCGGUGAAUAUGGCCACUGGGGAAAUGAAUGUCCUCUCAAGAACCGGGUGAACCAAGUUGCUGGUUCUGGCAAUGCUUGUGCUGAAGCUCAAGGAGGUCCCAAUGACACUACAAGUACAACUGGGUCAGCGUCAACACGGAGGGCUAGUACCAGUUGUACAACUUCCAGCUCUUUGUCUUCUACAUCCAAAGCUGUGAGGUUGGUGAAAAUGCACCACGAGGCCACACCACCUGCUGAACAACCUGAAAUGUAUGAGAUGAGAAGCGAUCUUGAAGAAGAUGGCUGUGAUGAAUGGUACGUCGGAUGGUUUCUGACACUACAACCUUGUGGUUCAGGAUGGAUGCUGGUGACGAUGAUCAACCUGGUGAAGUUUGCUAGUCUGGUGACCCUCUCAUGGAUUGGUACCAUGGACUUCCCAGCACUUUGGAUCGGUGCCAAGGUUGCAAUGAGGAGGACGAGAUCUUCCACGCUCGAGCUGCUUUGGGUGGUCAAUUGGUUGUUCUGGAUUCUGGAGCUGACAUCAGUGAACGAACGCCUUCAGACCUAUGGCCAAGGCGUAUCUUCAGGAGAGGUUGGGCAACAUCAAGCAAGGGCAACAUCAAGCAAUGGAAAUCCCUUCAUCAUCAUGCCUGAGUCCAAGAACUACCUCAACCCUCACUUGGUCUACUCUCGUUCUGAAUGGCCCCUGCGCUCAACUGCAAUCCAAUUGGAGGACUACACGUGGGAGAUGGUGGAGUUUUGCAAUCAAUACUACAUCUCUGACUAUGUGGACUCAGAGAUUGAGGAGUGUGACAAGCCCACCUUUGUCCUCACGAUGUUGCAUAAGCAGGAAGAGCCCUUCACGGUCUUUGGACAAGUUGGAGCACAAGAGAUGAUUGAAGCUAGAGGAUCAAAUGGUGACCCCAACUCUUUCACUUUCCCUGAGGAACCCAAGGUCCCUAUGGAGAUGGCCGAGCACUUCAAGCCUGAAGAAGUUGACCAAGUUGAACCACGUGGAGCUGGUGGUGAAUCUGCCCCUACCUUUGAGUGGCAGUUCGAGAACAAGGACACCUUGGUGGUGAAUGAUGAGCCUCCUCUAACGAUUGACAGCAGCAUUGGUUUCUUGCGUGCAGCUGCUGAGUACCUAGGAGUCUCCAAGAAUGGCAACAAGGAGAUGAUUUGGACGAGGCUGAACCAGAAGGUCCAAACCUUGGAACAUGAACAACUCUUCCUUGACUCCAACCGUUUGCAUCGGGAUGAGCAGUGGAAACAAAGUCUUGUGGGACAAUCUGUGCCCAGAACUCCUUCAGAGGAGGAAGUGGCAUUGCACGAGCUGUCGCAUUUGCCCUGUCGAGAUUGGUGCCCUCACUGUGUGAGUUGCAAAGGCAAACAAGAUCCACAACGUCCUGUUGAGUUUUCCUCUGAUGAUAGACGCUCAAUAUCUAGCAUUGAGAUUGACUACUGUCUUUUCAAGGUUGAGGAGAGUGAUCCUGUUUCAACAGUACUGGUGGCAAUUGACUGCCAAAGCAAGAUGCUGUUGGCUAUGCCUCUUGCUUCAAAAGGGUCCAACCUUCGAGGUCAAGCUGACAGCUUGGUGCGUUUUUCAAUGGUUCUCAUCUACAUGGACCAGGUGGAGUUUGUCAGUGACGCUGAGCCAACAAUGAAGUCACUGCUGGCAAGUGUUCAACUUCUACGGCAACACUUGGGCUAUCCCACAACCGUGACCCAUUCUCGAUCAGGAGAUAAAGAACGCACUGCCCAAGUUGAACGAGCCAUACCAGACCCUUCGAAAGCAAAGCAGCACUCUGGUCCAAAUGGCAAGUUCCACAACCAUUCCACUACAAAGACCUCAGCCUUUGAGUUGGUUCAUGGAAGGAGAUAUGCUGGAAAGAUCGCCUCAUUUGGCAUCGACGAGGACAAGCCCUUCCAGAAGCCCACAAGAAAAGCAACUCUCAAGAACCUUGGAUUUGGUGCACCUCCUACUCCAGAACCUGUGGCAGAACGACAAGAAAAGUUCCCUGAUGAAGCCAUUGACUAUGACGCCAGGGAUGUGAUCGACUAUGCCAGGAGCCCGAGGCAAUUGGAUAAAGGCAGUCCCUCAUCGUCAUCAAGCCGUCUUUUUGCCCCUCACUAUGCUGGCAACAUCCAACAUGUCAUGGAGAUUGGAGAGCUGGAUGAUGAACAAUGGGAAGAAGAUAUAGCUGGAUACCCCGAGCCUGAAUGGAUAGCCGCUGGUGGUGGUGAUGGAGGUGACGAUCAAGUUGAUGAAGGUCGACCCCCUGAAGUUGACCCUGACGAACUGGAGCAAUUGGAUGAGGCAGCUGGCUUUGAAGAGAUCACAAGGUUCUUGGAGAUGAAAGUGAUUGAGGAGCCCUCAGCUGAAGACCUUGAACAAGGCGUGGUUCUCUCCACAAAGAGUGUCAUGGAUUGGCGCUUUAGAAAUCAAAAGUGGCAACGACGUUGCAGGUAUGUUGCCCGAGAAUUCCGAGCUGGAGACAAAGGAUCGGCAGCAACCUUUGCACCUACUUCAGGUGUUGGUGCCCGGUUGGUUCUGGUGGCACACUGUUGCUCUCAAUGGCUGCUGGCAUUCCUACUUCAGCAGCGUGAGAAGAUCUUGGUGGAGAAACCCUCUUGGUGGCACAAGGAGAAGAAGUUCAUCCUGUGUUCGCAUGUCGACGAUCUGGUAGUUGGAGGUGAACGAGAAGCAGGACAAUGGCUAGUGGCAGCAUUGAAAUCAAGGCUGACUCUGCAAGGAGGUGACCUCAUUCCUGCAAAAGAUCAGGAUGAUCAGGACCCAGUGAGAUUCCUCAAGAAGAGACACUUCUUCACGCAGGCGGGGGUUAUCAUCAGCUCGCACGAGAAAUAUGCUGAUGAAUUGGUGCAGCUCUAUGGUUUGCAACACCGCAAACCAAAGACGACCCCUGAUGUGAGUGGGGAAAUCUUUGAGUCUGAGGAGUUGGAUGAGAAAGGAAAGCACCGGUUUCGCUCAGCAAUGGGUACCCUUUUGUACCUCAGCCAGGACCGGGUAGAUCUACAACACUCGGUCAGACACCUCAGCCAGUACAUGUCGCAACCUACGGUGGCGGCUGACGCAGCAGUGAAACAUGUGAUCCUCUACCUCAAGGGCACGGCUAAUUUGGGCAUUCUGCUGGGCUACAACCUUUCCAACAAAAGCAAGCUCAGCGAGAUCUAUGGAGCAGCAGACCCUGAGGAUCGAGCGAAAGAUCUUGUAAAGGCUUUCACUGACGCAGAUUGGGCUGCGGACAAAUCUACAGGAGUUGGAAGUUGGAAGGAGACAUUCUGUUUCUUCAGCCAUGGUCUUUGUCAAUGGUCGCCUGGUGACAGCCUGGUCAAGGACUCUGAAAAGCAUAGCGUGGGACGCUUGAAACACAUCAACGUGAAGCACCUGUGGCUGCAGGAGAAGAUCAAGGAGUGUGCGCUGCAGAUGGAUGGUGUCCCCACGGUGUUGAACAUCGCGGACUUGGGGACGAAGCGGCUUGCAAAAGCUCAGCGUGACUUUCUGAUGUUUCUCAUUAAUUUGGUGAAGUACGACCGGAGUGGGAGAAAUUGCAGCCUUUUGGUAACUGGUGCGCGCUUGGAAGAGAUCAACUAUGACCUGAUGGUACGACACUACACCAUUGCCGAGGUCUUUCUCGAGCGCCCGUGGCUCAUGUUGUCCUAUGCUCUGGUCGUCAUGGUCGUGGGCAUCAUCAUCAUCGGGCACUACCUCAAGAUGGCGAUCCACAAGAUCGAGCUGUCAAAGGUCCUGUUUCAAGGACUGUGGUACGAAAAUCUUGAUUGGGCCAGAAAAGCCAUCGCUCAGCAAACCAAUGCUUGA